AUGGAUAUGGAUCUUACGGUUUUGGGUUCAAUGUGGCUCAGAUUAGUAACAUGUGUCUUGUUUCUUCUUCUGCAGUGGACAGAAAGUUUAACACUUCUACAGACCUCAACGCUCUGCCUGGACAAGCCUUGCCAAAACAGGGCAGCGUGCAGGGAAGCCCCAUCUGACUUCCUGUGCCAGUGUCAGUGGCCUGCGCCCAGCACGCCUUGCGAUUCUUCCAGUGCGCUCUGCCAACUGUCCAUCUGCCAGGGCAAUGCGACAUGUCAGCCCACCGGCGCCCACCCAGGGGAACUAGUUUGCCAGUGUGAGCCCGGCUUGUUGGGGCAGGACUGUCAUUCCAGUGCCCAGCUCUGCGCUCAGGGGCUGUGCGGGGACAGUGCCCAAUGUCUGGCGGUGCAAGACAAGAGCCCGGGGUACGCAUGCAUCUGUCAAGAGGGUUACACCGGGAGUUCUUGCGAGAAAAAGGUGGACCAUUGCUCCCCCAACCCCUGCCGCAACCGUGCCAUCUGCCGCAGCAGAAGGGAAGGCCCCAUCUGCUUCUGCGUGCCGGGAUUCCAGGGUAAACACUGCGAGAUCGAGGUAAAUGAAUGCGUGUCGUGGCCCUGCAGGAACGGAGCCACCUGUCUGGACAAGAUCGGGCACUACAUCUGUCUCUGCAGGCCAGGAUACAGGGGUGCCUUGUGCGAGCAAAAUACUACUGCUUGUGCCACCAACCCGUGUCAUAAUGGAGCCACAUGUGAGGACUUCCUGAGCAGCUACAAGUGCAUCUGCCUGUCUGAAAGCCAAGAUGGAGUUCUCUACGGUGGACACAACUGUAGUGAGCCCCUGGUGGAUUGCGAGGGCCACGAGUGCCAGAACGGGGCGGCCUGCAUGCCCUUCCUGAGCGAAGGUGUACAUGGCUACAGUUGCAUCUGUCAGCCGGGCUACACCGGCUCUUACUGCCAGACACCCACCGUGUUCUCCUUCGAGACAGUUGGAGGAUUCCUGCACCUGCAGACCCCGCUGCUGGGUGCGGAAACAUACUUUAAUAUCACGCUAAGCUUUCGCACAGUACUGAAGAACAUAGUGCUCUUUCAGAGGGGCAGCGAAGGGGUCACGCUCAGCCUGGAGCUGCAGGAGACACACCUGCUUCUUGAUCUUAGGAGUGACCCUCAGCCAGUCGCAACCAGCUGGACUCUGACACUGCCUCAGGAUGUAUCUGAUGGCGAAUGGCACACGGUAGAGGCCGUGCUUGGAGAGGGUACCCUGCUGCUACAACUACUGGAGCCAUGCCAGGAUGGAGAUAACUGUGGUGCAACAGCCCAAGUGGAGACCGUUGCCCUUGAGCUGGAGUCAGCGCUGCAAAGCACCUUUGUUGGAGGAUCGAAUGAGGGAGGGGGCUCUGGCUCAUUCAUUGGCUGCAUGAGGGACUUGUUUGUGGACUCACAGCUGAUGGUACCGGAGGACUGGUUGAGCAGCUCAGUGGUAAAUGUCAUGCAAGGCUGUAGCCAUCAUGACAGAUGCCUUUCUGGUCCAUGCGAGAACCAUGGAAUGUGUGUUAACCUUUGGCAAGGUUACCAGUGCUCUUGUCUGCGACCGUAUGUGGGACAAAACUGUGCUGAGGAGUACAUUACUGCUAGAUUUGGCCAGGAAUACUCUGCAAGCUAUGCUGUCUUCACCAUCACCGACCAACUGGAAUCAGACGCACUCUAUCUGUCCAUGUUCUUGCGUACACGGAAGGAGUCUGGUCUUUUGGUACUGCUUGCCAACAGCACCACUGAGUACUUGCAGAUGUGGCUGGAAAAGGGAAAACUCAUGGUACAAGUCAACAACUUGAAGACUUUAAUGGGUAAAAGUGUGGUUAAUGAUGGUGAGAUCCAUUUUGUCGGCCUCGCCAUUAAGGAGGGCAUGAUGACUCUGCAGGAGUCAGAUCAUGAAUUCGGAGCAACGGAUGUUCAACCUGUUUCCGUUCGGUUUGAGGAUGUGGUCUAUGCUGGCGGACUGCUUGAUGGGCAAGAGACAUCUGCCUUCGGUGGUUAUUUUAAAGGGUGCUUACAAGACUUGCAGCUCAAUGGGAGGAAGCUAGAAUUUUUCCCACUUGAUGCUUCUGUGAUGUCAUACAGACCUGACCGCAUGGUUGACGUUACCGCAGGCUGCACCAGUGAUGACUCUUGCUCUAAAAAUCCUUGCCAGAAUGGUGGCAUGUGCUUCUCUCUAUGGGAUGACUUCACAUGCAACUGCCCACCUAGCACAGCAGGGCAGCACUGUGAGGAGGUGAGAUGGUGUGAACUCACCCCCUGCCCACCACAAGCAACAUGCCGGACCCUCAACCAGGGCUAUGAAUGCAUUUCUAAUGUGACUUUUCAAGACAACACCACUCUUGUAUACCAUGGGAAUGGGCUGAUUUCCCGCCACCUGACCAGCAUCGUUUUCAGUAUCCGAACACGUAAACACAAUGCGGCAGUGUUACAUGCAGAGAGUGAGUCCGACUUUGUUACGGUAUCCAUUCAAGAUGGCUUUCUGGUGCUAGAACUUCUAAGUGGACCUUCUUCCUCAUCAUCUUUGUCACCCGUAACCCUGCGCAGCCCAAGAUCAGUGGCCGAUGGAGAGUGGCAUGCAGUAGAGCUGUUAAUGGCCAGUCCCUGGGCUAACAGCUCCCAGUGGAUCAUGGUCCCUCUUGAUGAAAAGGACGAGCCUACUAUAUCUGACUCCAUGACCGGAAAUCUAGACUUCCUCCGAGAAGGUGUCGAUAUCCUUCUAGGAGGACUUGGCCCAGAGUCUGGAUGGAAUCUGAUUGGCUGUCUGAGUAAUAUUGAAAUUGGUGGCAUUGUGCUUCCAUAUUAUGGUCCUGCCGAGGUGAGAUUCCCACGUACACAGAAAGAGAAGUUCAAUAAGUUAUCGGAGGAACCGGUCCAAACUGGCUGUGCUGGUGAUGUGGUGUGUGAACCCAACCCCUGCUUGCAUGGGGGAAUCUGUGACGAUCACUUCAACCUUUUCCAGUGCUUCUGUCUACCUGGCUGGGGCGGUGAUCGCUGCAAGCUGAAUACAAACACCUGCGCCUCCAACCCCUGUCAACACGGAUACUGCAUUGUGCAGGACCUUUCAUACAGCUGCGCAUGUGAGAGUGGCUACACCGGCACCAACUGUGAGGUUAAAGUGGACAUAUGUGCCGGUCACAAGUGUGCUAAUGGUGGGACCUGCUUGCAUGGCUUCAACAGCUAUUCCUGCCUCUGCCCCGACAGGUUUACUGGGCCAUAUUGCAACACUCGGAUUGAAGAGGCUCUGUGGUACGUAGUUGUCAGGAGCGUACCGCCCAAUCUCCCGGUGUCCAUCUGUGGUGAUGAACAGCAGAACUACACUUGUUUCAAUGGGGGGAACUGUUCUGACUCCAACAUGAUGUGUGACUGCCUCCCUGGGUUUUCGGGUCACUGGUGCGAACUAGAUCUUGAUGAAUGUAGAUCCAACCCUUGCUUGAAUGGCGGCUACUGCCAGAACAUGGUCAACAAGUUCCAGUGUGUCUGUGAAAUGACCUUCGCCGGCGAGACCUGCGAAGUCGACCUGAAUGCAGGGAAUGUGUCAUCUGACCUGUUGCUGUCCAUCAGCCUGGUGUCCGUGGUUCUGUUGUUGGUUCUUUUCGGCGUGGCCACAGCUUUGGUCAUCACGCUGAACCGACGGGCCACACGAGGCACUUACAGCCCCAGUCGACAGGAGAAGGAAGGUUCAAGAGUGGAGAUGUGGAACAUCGUGCAGCCUCCACCAAUGGAGAGACUCAUCUGAGCCAAUCAACCAAUGCUCAGUCAGUCAUGUUGUUUGUGGCUUGUUGGUUUUACAAGGAAAAAUACCUUUUUAUUGACUGAUCAUGUGGCAGCUAUCAUCCGCUAGAUCAGGGCUGAUCAACUUCGUUCCUGG